AACUGGAAACUAGAACUAGAAUUGUAAUAAAUUCGGUACAUGUUUAUUUCUAGUGAAUCUAAGUGAGUUUACUAAGAAUCUAAGUGAGGGUGUACAGCAGAGAAAAAACAUGAGUAGAGAAAUACCCAUCAAAUCAUCCAAGGCACUUCAUACGACCGAGGACGAUUGUGUGAUGCCAGUGCGAUCAUCUCAUCCAGUCCGCGCCUUAACGCUUGCUCGAAGUAACGUGGAGCAGGUUUGCGUUAUCAGCUGCUCCUGUCCCAGUAAUCUAGUGCAUCGCACGCAUUCGGAUCAUAACUUCGCCAGCAGCAGCAAAAGCAGCAUAGAACCAGCAACGUCUAUUUGUAGUACAAGUAACCGAUCCGAUAAAGCCGAUCUUCGUCCGCUGGUGUCCAGAAUGCCUAACAUCAAAGUGUUUUCCGGCUCGUCUCAUCCGGAUCUUGCGUCUCGUAUCGUUGAUCGACUCGGUAUCGAUCUCGGAAAAGUGGUAACGAAGAAGUUCAGCAAUUUGGAAACAUGUGUUGAAAUCGGAGAAUCUGUUCGUGGCGAAGAUGUGUACAUUGUGCAGUCCGGCUCCGGUGAGAUCAACGAUAACUUGAUGGAGUUGCUGAUUAUGAUAAAUGCUUGCAAGAUUGCGUCUGCCUCGAGAGUGACCGCUGUGAUACCAUGUUUUCCUUACGCUCGACAAGACAAGAAGGACAAGACGGGCGACGAUAAGCUGGCAGAGCUUAUGAAAACCAAUGAAUGGAAGUUCCGGAGCCGUGCCCCCAUCUCUGCCAAACUGGUAGCUAACAUGCUUUCGGUAGCCGGUGCUGACCACAUAAUAACGAUGGAUUUACACGCUUCGCAGAUACAGGGAUUUUUCGACAUUCCGGUUGAUAAUCUAUAUGCUGAACCAGCAGUUCUGAAAUGGAUUCGCGAGAAUAUAGUUGAAUGGCGAAACUCGAUCAUCGUGUCGCCAGACGCGGGAGGUGCGAAGCGUGUCACUUCGAUUGCUGAUCGUUUGAAUGUAGAGUUUGCGCUGAUCCACAAAGAACGGAAGAAGGCUAAUGAGGUCGCGUCGAUGGUACUCGUGGGUGACGUAAAAGAUCGUGUUGCCAUUCUUGUCGAUGAUAUGGCAGACACUUGUGGCACAAUCUGUCACGCUGCGGACAAGUUGGUGGAGGCAGGAGCAACCAAGGUGUACGCUAUUCUGACGCAUGGCAUCUUUAGUGGGCCUGCUAUUUCGAGGAUAAACAACGCUUGUUUCGAAGCAGUUGUCGUCACAAACACCAUCCCACAAGAUGGACACAUGAAGGACUGUUCGAAGAUUCAGUGUAUUGACGUUUCUAUGAUGUUUGCUGAGGCUGUCCGUCGGACGCACAAUGGAGAGAGUGUGUCGUAUUUGUUCUCAAAUGUUCCUUACUAAAAUAUGCGGCCUACACGACCAAGUACUUUUCAACGAAGCCCCCACAAGUAUAACACAAGAUCAAACUAUCAGCUUCACAGUUGUUGAAGAUGUUUAGUGCCAGUCCACAACAAGUAUGCUGUUCGAAAACGUGCGCAAUAUUUUGUCUUGAAAAGUAACACACUAAGCACGUCAAGUAUAGUGCAUUACAUUUCAAGGUCUCUAUAUAGGAGGUCCCGCCGAUUGAUUUGUGGGGUAAGCUAGGUUCGUUAGCGGAAAUCCAAGAACUGUUUUUGUCAUUACCAACAUAACUGCGGGAUGUGUUGUGCACGCGCUAUCAUUUUGCGGCUACGCAUACACUGCAUUUUUUAUAUGUAGUUGAUUCGAUUGCAAUGGGUGUCAGCUACGGUCAUGCAGUAAUUUGGUGAUAACGGAAGCAUUUGUUUGCAUCGCAAAAGAGUUCUUGGACAUCGUUAGUAGUAUUUUAACGAACCUCCUAUCCAGAGACCUUAGUCAAGUAGCGUAAGAGAGAAAAUAAACAAUCUAUGCAAAAAAAGCUAAACU